UUAAUUUUUGAUGUAAUGUCAAAAAAUUGCAUUUGCAAUUUGAAGGUUUCAACGGCAAGUUGUAAUUUAAAAUGGCUCGCAACCGUUUAAGAAAUGAAAAGGAUAAAAAACGAGGGUUCAAAGGUAUUGCCUCAGACGAUUUCGCCUACUGGGAUCCAUAUUAUAUAGACUCGGAGCCGGUCCAAAGAUUCAAGAAGGAUGUGGAGGUGUAUGAUGCUUUGGAUGAAGGGUUGACGACUGAAAGUACAUCGACAGCUCAGGGUGUAGAUCCAGAAAUAGGACCCGCCAUUGCGCUGACUUGCGUAUUCGGGGCUGCAUUUAUUAUACUACCAUUUUUUGUCAGAAAAGGACCCAAUCGCGGGUUAACCCAAUGCAGUAUAAUGCUUACAAUUUUCUGUAUGUGGAUUUUCUGGGUGACAGUAUACAUCGGUCAGAUGAAUCCACUUAUGGGCCCGAGACUUGAGAACACAUCGGUUGCGUGGAUUGCACAUAAACUGGGCAAUCAAGUUGAACGAUCGUCUAAUGGUUCGUCUUGAAAACGUAAUAAAUCUUCCUAAUAAGCUGUUUUUUAAUAAAAUGUUUAAGUCACUGUG